AUGAGCACCCCAGCCGUGCCCCAGGACCUGCAGCUGCCCCCGAGCCAGAGGGCUCAGCCCGCGUUCAGAGAACAAAGAAGACAAAAACUCAAGGAACAUAUGUUAAAAAGAAAAACUAUUUUUGCAUACAAACAGGAAAAUCACAUACCCAGUAGUAGAGACCAGAAAGCGAUGAACUCUGAGGGCCAAGUCCACGAAGAGACAAAAGUUCUGAAAUUUAAAACAAAAAUGGCUGGUAAAGAAAAUGUCAGUAGACCUCCUGGGAACAAAAAUCAUAUAACAAUGGGAAAAAAUUGUAUUCCUUUAAGACCUUCUAAUGAAUUAACCAGUUCAACAAUAGCAGUUGACACACAUAAUUUUGAGGAUAAUAAUCAAAUGGGACAGUCUGUACCCAUUAAAGAUGACCCUCAAAGUCAACACAUGACAUUAAGCCAAGUGUUUCAUCUUAAAAACAACAAUCAAAAGAAACAAAUAUCCAUAGAAAAACCAAAGCAAGAUGCUAACAUGUCCAAGAAGCUUGUGCUUGGGUCUUACCGUGGCCAAAUUGUUCAGUCUAAGAUUAAUUCAUUUAGAAAGCCCCUACCAGUCAGAGAUGAGAGUUCUGCAACAACGAAGAAGCCUUCAGCUGCUGUCCCUAAAGACCCAGAGCCUCCACCCACGGACACUCGAAGUGCAACAGUGAGAAGUGAUAGAGCCCCAAACGUGGUGACCACCACUAAACUUGGGAGCAUUGCAUCUCAGGACAGACAGCUGGUGCGGCCUCCUAUCAGAAGUCACUUCGACAGUGCUCAGGACGCUGUGAAACGGGGCAUCAGGCGAGCCACUGCCAAUGUUACAAUCCGGAAAGGGCCUCGGGAGAAAGAAUUACUGCAAUCAAACACGGUUUCAUUUAGUGCCAAAACCAGUUCUCAGGAUGUAGAGAGAAAGAAGACACUGUCAAGAAGCCUGACUUCUGAAACUGUAGCCAGGCCUGCUUCGUCUUCUAACACCAAACUGAUACAGAAAUCAAAAAGCAUUGACCCUCGCAGACACACUAUAGCAAAAGCAACUCUUGAUAGAUCAGCUCAGCCCAAAGAAACCACAGAAGAGAGAAAAGCUCGUCUGAGUGAGUGGAAAGCUGAUAAGAGAAAAGUGCUGAAAAGGCCUCCUAGCUCAGUGGUUGUCCAGCCUGAGCCUGAAGGGCAAAACGAAAACUCAGUUGGGUCCUUUUGGACGACCAUGGUAGAAGAAGAUGAACAAAGAUUAUUUACUGAAAAAGUAAACAAGACAUUUUCGGAAUGCCUAAACCUGAUUAAAGAGGGGUGCCCAAAAGAAGAAAUAUUGGUCAUACUGAAUGACCUGAUUAAAAAUAUUCCAGAUGCCAAAAAACUUGUUAAAUAUUGGAUAUGCCUUGCACGUAUUGAACCGCUCACAAGUCCUAUUGAAAAUAUUAUCACAAUCUAUGAGAAAGCUAUUUUGGCAGGGGCUCAGCCUAUUGAAGAGAUGCGACAUGCAAUUGCAGAUAUUCUAACAAUGAAGAGUCAAGAAAAAGUGAAAUAUGGAGAAAAUAUUGAGGCUUGUGCAACUAAGGAAUACAUCCAAGAAGUCGACAGUGAAGAUAUAGGUGUUAAUCUAGAGUCAGGAAGACCAGAAAUGGAAAAGAAACCUAGAAAUGUGGUAUUUCAAGAUGGUGAAAAAGAGGAAGAUGACAAAACAAAAGAUCCAACCAAUGAUGUUAAAACCCCCAGUACAGAAACCAGGGGCAGUUGCUUAAUUAAAUAUAAUGUGUCUACUACACCAUACCUACAAAGUGUAAAAAAGAUCCAGUUUGACAACACAGAUACUACAUUUAAAGAGCUAAAGUUUCUAACACCAGUUAGACGUUCUCGACGUAUUCAAGAGAAGACUUCUAAAUUGCCAGAUAUGUUAAAAGACCAUUAUCCAUGCGUGUCAUCACUGGAGCAGUUAACAGAGUUAGGAGGUGAAACCGAUGCUUUUGUAUGCCGUCCGAAUGCUGCACUAUGCCCCAUGUACUCAGAGGCUGGAACAGCACAGGACAAAUAA